AUGGCUCUUACCUUAUAUAAUUUCCAUUUUUUCAAGAUGAAAGUAUUACAGGCCCCAGCAAUUGAUGCUUCAAAGCAUAAGGGUAAAAUACUUCGCGUCAAAGACUUCAUGAUACGAUGUCCAAAAUGUGCGAUUCGAAGUUACUUUGGCGAGUAUGUCUUCUUCAAUGCAAGCUUAUAUUCCAAGACCUCAAAAACAGAGAAAAAGUCGCACUCACAUGUGCACAUUAACAACUGCGACUGGGUCUGCUCGCCUUUUCUUUUGCAAAAGGCUACUCCCGGAGGAAAGAAAUGUGUGCGCGAUAUCCAAACCUACGAACUUGGCUGGCCACAGCAUGCGCGCUUCUGUGAUAUAGAAGAUACUCAUGAAGUGGCGGAUUUCUGUCGCCUUUACCACGAAGUAGACUUUGCAUUAAGAGGGAAGAGUGUCCAGCAGGAUGAAGAAGCUAACGCAACCACGGUUACCUAUCUUGAGGACUUGCGCCUCAAAGGUCAAAUCGUUAACAUUCGAAAUCUGAACUGA